GCCUAAUUAACUACGACGCUGGGAAAACCUCUGUCCUCACGCGCAACUCUCGAGAGUAUUAUUACGCGCCACUCUUCCCCAAAAUCAAAACACUUCAUCCACUAUCGAACUCGCUUGCAUGAAACCGUUUGCCGGUUUUUAAUUUCUCAUUUUUCCCCAAAUUGCUAACUGCGAUUUUUCUGAGAAAUUGUUGUGCGUUUUAAGAGCCUGAUUUAAUCAGUAACAGAGUAAUUUGAAGGAAUUCGAAUCGGAAUCCGAAUCUCGAGUCCAAAUUCGAUCUUAUUCUUUGCCGGAUCAUAAAAGACAGUGGGAAUAAGAAGAAUUUGAAGCGUUCGAGAUAUCUUCCUCACAAGAUGCCUGCAACCGAUUCAACGGCAGCAAAUGCUCAGGAUAACUGCACGGCAUUCCCCGUCGAAGAGAUAGUGCAGUCCCCUCUACCAGGUUACGGAGUGCCAUCUGCAGUUAGUUUUAGCCCCGACGAUAGUCUGAUAGCGUACUUGUUCAGUCCCGAUCAGACUUUGAAUAGAAAAUUGUUUACGUUCGACCCCAAGACUGGCAAGCAUGAACUGUUUUUCAGCCCACCAGAUGGUGGGCUUGACGAGAAUAAUUUAUCUGCUGAAGAGAAGUUGAGACGGGAGAGGUUAAGGGAGCGUGGCUUAGGUGUCACACGCUAUGAAUGGAUAAACACGAGUCCAAAGAGGAAAACGGUUAUGGUACCUCUACCAGCUGGGGUCUAUAGUCAGGAUUUUGGCGUUAAACCACAACUGAAGCUUCCAAGUGUCGCUUGCUCGCCAAUUAUAGACCCGCAUGUCUCCCCAGAUGGAACGACACUUGCUUACGUGAGGGAUAAUGAGCUUCAUGUGUUAAAUCUUCUAUUCAACACGUCGAAGCAGUUGACCCUGGGUGCCAAUGAGAAUGCUAUUACGCACGGUCUUGCUGAGUUCAUUGCGCAGGAGGAAAUGGAUCGAAAGAGUGGGUACUGGUGGUCACUUGACAGCAAACUUAUUGCGUUUACUGAGGUCGAUUCAUCUGAGAUACCUCUCUUUAGGAUCAUGCAUCAAGGCAAAGAUUCAGUGGGCUCAGAUGCACAAGAAGACCAUGCUUACCCUUUUGCUGGUGCUUCAAAUGUAAAAGUUCGUUUGGGUGUUGUUUCUGCCUCUGGUGGACCCGUUAGUUGGAUGGAUCUUCACUGCGGAGAAGCACACAAUGAGGAAUAUCUGGCGAGAGUCAAUUGGAUGCACGGGAAUAUUCUGAUUGCUCAGGUUUUGAACAGAACACAUUCUAAACUAAAGAUCCUCAAGUUUGACAUUAAAACUGGUCAAAGGGAAGUCAUAUUGGAAGAAGAAAACGAAACAUGGAUCAAUUUGCAUGAUUGCUUCACCCCUUUAGACAAAAUACCCAAUAAAUCUCGUGGAGGCUUUGUUUGGGCUAGCGAGAAAACCGGAUUCAGACAUUUAUAUUUGUAUGAUUUGGAUGGAGUGUGCUUGGGACCUAUUACUCAAGGUGAUUGGGCGGUAGACCAUGUUGCCGGUGUAAACGAAGCUUCUGGAAUUAUUUACUUUACUGGAACUUUAGACGGCUCUUUGGAAUCUCAUCUUUAUUCGACCAAUUUAUUCCCAGAUGCAAGCCAUUCGUUACAGGCUCCAUCGAGAUUAACCAAUGGAAAGGGUAAACAUGUGGUUGUGCUUGAUCAUAUGUUGCAGAGGUUUAUUGAUAUCCAUGAUUCCUUGUCUUCACCUCCCAAACUUACGGUACACUCUUUGCUCGACGGAAGCUUGAUUGCAUCUCUUUAUGAGCAGCCAGUCGACAUUCCCAAGUUUAAGAAACUACCGCUCGAGAGUCCAGAGGUUAUUCAGUUAGAGGCAAAGGAUGGAACAACUUUGUAUGGGGCACUAUAUAAACCUGACGCUGCUAGAUUCGGACCACCACCUUACAAGACAAUGAUUCAUGUAUAUGGGGGUCCUAGUGUACAACUAGUCUCUGAUUCUUGGAUAAACACCGUUGACAUGAGAGCCCAAUAUCUGAGAAGUAAAGGCAUUUUAGUUUGGAAGAUGGAUAACAGAGGAACUGCACGACGUGGGCUCAAGUUUGCAGGUGCACUGAAAUACAACUGCGGCCAAAUCGACGUUGAGGAUCAACUAACCGGAGCUGAAUGGCUGACUAAACUAGGGUUAGCUAAACCUGGUCAUAUUGGACUGUACGGAUGGAGUUAUGGUGGAUAUUUAUCGGCAAUGGCACUAACAAGAUUCCCCCAAGUCUUCAAAUGUGCAGUUUCUGGUGCACCUGUCACAUCAUGGAAUGGAUACGACACGUUUUACACCGAAAAGUACAUGGGCUUGCCUUGUGAAAACAAAUCGAGCUACUUGCACAGUUCUGUGAUGCAUCAUGUGGGAAACUUGGAGGGGAAGCUACUGCUUGUGCAUGGAAUGAUUGAUGAGAAUGUGCAUUUUAGGCACACUGCUAUGCUUGUGAAUGCACUUAUUUCUGCUGGGAAAUCUUACGAAUUGUUGAUCUUUCCCGAUGAACGACACAUGCCUCGUAGGCUUACGGAUCGUAUAUAUAUGGAAAAGAGGAUAUGGGAUUUUAUCGAGAGAAGUUUGUAGGUAACAUGUUCUGCAUUUUCGUACAAAUUCUGAUUCCUCGUUUUCGACUUUAUCUCACCUGUAUACCGGAGUUACUUGUAAUUGAACUCUGGUUUCUCCUCGUGUAAUAAGAACCUCUUUUGGGGGUACAAUUGUCAUUUUAAAACUCACCCAAUGAACUGGAUCGGGUAAUGUUAUAUGUCGGCCCAAUUAAGGAAUCAAAAUUGACUGGAUGUUCCAUCAUUUGGGGCAAACCCAUUCGUCGAUGGGCUUUCAUACUGUUCUCAAUCAA